AAAAAAGUUUAGUAUCACAUGUAAGCAGUACUCCGCGCGCAUUUUGCACAGAAAUGUGAACUGAUCACAGCAGGCUUUUUGAAGAAAGAAAAGGAGUUUAGCCUCAACUGCCUGUCGCUAUUAUCUUUAGGACCCGGCGGAGCGUUUCGCGUGAAACUGGACAUUGUGGCUCCAUUUCAGAGAGAUGCUUAUCUCUCUCCUCUCUCCUCUGUUCGCAAGUCGCCUGGGCUGAGAAAUCUGGCAACCUGACCCCCAAGAGUCGCUCUGCUUCGGGAUGUACUUCCAUCAAUCUGGGGACAACGAAGUGACUCCCCUCAGCUGAUGUGGCUGCUUAAGGGAGCGGGGGUCUUUUUUUUUCUUUUCUGUGCGCCAUUCCGAUGAACACAGCGCCAAUAAGCAGCAACGCUGCGCAAAGUCUUCAGUGGACCACAGUCGAUGUUCGGAAAAGUCCUGAGUGAGCGAGAGAAAAGAUAUGACAAUCGGAUGAAACGCUUAGUUAGUGACACCGAAAAGUUGAAGGAAAGUUGGAGCAAACAGAAACGUCGCGGGUGUCCGGGUGAAUUCACGCGUUAUGCGUCAACGUUACUUCUUUUCUUUUGCCACGAGAUCAUUUUUGCCACUGUUAGAGCAAAUAAAGACACCAUAGGAAAGGCUUUCAGCUCCGAAUGAGAAUCCAUUAAGCAAAUACUGCAAAUAACUUGUUGAACAAUCAGCUCGUCCCGGGAGCGCAAUUAAAUGAUGCUGCCAGUGGAAAACACCACAACUGACRGGCGAUCAAGAUCAGAAUCUGCUGACAUAUGAGAAGUGUUGCUCCUCUCUAAACAUCACAUCUGACCGAUUGUUGACCUUUUCAUCAGUGAUCAGCACUGUUGAGAAAGCUCACUUGUUGGCACAUCUCAUCAGCCAGUCAGAUGCGCUGCCAAUCAAAGCCAGAAUAACGACGUGGACGCUAAUGGUUGCCUGAAUCUGCUCACACACACACACACACGAGUUCAAGAUGCUUCCACUGUUCCGAAAUGCUUCAUCGCACCAUUCAGACCCUCAAGUGAUUUAGAGCCUUCCCUGUGGUACAGCAAAGAGGCAGUUGCAGCUUUAAAGACAAAAAAAAAACUUAGAAGAGGAAUUCUAAAAAAGCCACAAAGAAAAAGAUCAGCAAUGUUUUGGCCUAUAUUACUCACCCUGCAGGCUGUGUGCACCAGUGUGACACAUGCUAUGCAACAUUACCCUGCAGCCUGGGGACACUAUGACGUGUGCAAAUCCCAGAUCUAUACAGAGGAGGGCCUGGCAUGGGACUACAUGGCCUGUCAGCCAGAAGCCACCGACAUGACAAAGUACCUGCGAGUGGCCCUCGACCCCCCAAACAUCACGUGUGGAGAUCCGCCUGAGACGUACUGCGCUUUGGAGAAUCCUUACAUGUGCAACAAUGAAUGCGAUGCUGCUACUGAGGAGCUGGCUCAUCCUCCUGAGUUAAUGUUUGACUUUGAAGGUCGAAAUCCCACAACGUUCUGGCAAUCGACAUCAUGGAAGAAAUACCCAAAGCCUCUGCAAGUCAACAUUACGCUGUCCUGGAACAAGACAAUCGAGCUAACUGAUGACAUCGUUAUCACCUUUGAGUCAGGCCGGCCGGAGCAGAUGGCCCUGGAGAAGUCACUCGACUACGGUCGCACCUGGACCCCUUACCAGUUCUACGCCACUGAUUGCCUGGAUGCUUUCACCAUGGAGCCCAAGACAGUGAACGACCUGUCCCAGCGCACCCUGCUGGACAUAAUUUGUACUGAGGAAUACUCUCGAGGCUACGUGUGGAAGAACGACAAGACCGUACGUUUUGAGAUAAAGGACCGCUUCGCUCUAUUUGCUGGACCUCGGCUACACAACAUGGCUUCACUAUACGGUCAGCUGGAUACCACUAAGAACCUGAGAGAUUUCUUCACAAUCACAGAUCUGAGGAUUAGACUACUAAAGCCAGCUACUGGAGCCACCAUGGUGGAUGAGAACAAUUUAUCCAGAUACUUCUACGCAAUAUCUGACAUCAAGGUACAGGGCAGGUGCAAGUGCAACCUGCAUGCCAACAGCUGCGUGUUUGACAAGGGGAAGCUGGGCUGUGAGUGUGAACACAACACAACAGGGCCCGACUGCAGCCGCUGCAAGAGGCACUACCAUGGAAGGGCCUGGAGCGUGGGCUCCUACCUCCCCAUACCCAAAGGAACUGCAAAUAUAUGCAUUCCCAGCAAUCAUGGACCAGUGCAUCGAGCAAAUGCUUCAUCUCUCGGUGUUGCAAAUCGUAACCAAGCUMGGGUGUGCGACAACGCGAUGCUGCGCUGUCAGAACGGCGGCACGUGCCACCACCACCAGCGGUGUCACUGUGCCCCGGGCUUCACGGGUGUCCUGUGUGAGAGAGCUAGAUGCCAGGGUCCCGGAGAGUGUGAUGACCAGCUAUCUGGACGGGCAGCACUCCACCAUCACCCCAUAAAGCAUCGGCUGUUCUUUCCCCUUGUAAUGAUCCUGCUUUCAGUUGUUUCUCUUUGCUGAGAGGCUUGAACCAAAAUCCUCCAAAUAAAACCCUAAGACCACAAAUGCUGAGAAGGAACUCUCAACCUUAUGAACAUGGAAAAAACAAAAAACAAAAACAAAGAAUGUGUGGACAAUGUGCUCAGUAUAAGCAACUUUUUUGUAUGGCCAAGACCAAGUUGGUGGGCAAAGAAGAAAGUAGCGCAGCAGGUUUAGUGACGUAAAGAUUUCUGGAAAGYGCAGUGAAAAAAAAGACACUGUUUUGUAACCUCACAUGAAAAGACAGUAGGUGCCCUUGCUUUGUGAUAAUGUCUUUCUGUAGUAUCCCAUCAUAGAGAGACCGAAGAUUCUCUGCUCAGACGACGCAAGUCGGUUUCUGGUGACAAACUGUACAAAAACAAGACACAAGAUUCCUAAGUAUCAUCUAAAGUAUUAUGAGAAAAUAUGGUGAAGCAAGAUCUCUUAAAAAGAUAGUUUGGGUAUUUUUGAAGUAGUUAUUUUAAGUAACAGUAUCUUUAUCUGCAAAACAGUGACGUCACAGUUAAACAAGUUGGAUGACAAGUAAUGAAUAAGGCUAAACGCUAACCAGACAGAAAACUAAGGCAGCGAGUGACAGCCUGACAGGAAGUCUAAAUUAUUACUCAAACUCUUGUCUAGUUUAAACGUUUUACACAGACUGGUGAGGUGAUGAUGAUCAGGCGAUCUGAAAUCGCAGGCAGCCACUUUAUUUUAGGUAGAACCACAGACAUUGUCCUGCUAAUGAUGCUAAACAUCUGAAAUCAGGUCAUAUUUGUUAACGAUAUUAAAACCUUCAAACAGACAUUCUGUUUGUUUGAUACAAUUAUUCACACGAUACCAGUWUGAGUCACRUUUUAUUCCAGAAUUACAAAUAUUAUUAACAGGAGAUGUUUUAAAUUAUGAAAAAAAAAAAWARCUAAAAUGGAUGACCAUGCUAACUAGCUGUUAGCCUUUCAUUGUUCUCAGUAGUUUCUCGCUUUUCUGACAAAAAUCAUGGUGACAUGACAAUCUGUUUCCUGCAAGAACGGAAACUAUUACUGGUAAUAUCUUCACACUGACUCACAAAAAAAAAGAGAGAAAAUCUAAACUAUCACUUUACGACAUCUUGCCUCGCUGCCUCCCAUUUUCAUACUUCCAUUUCUACCAUGGCCGCCUCCCCGCCCAGCACCAUCAGGCCCCCAGCCCUUCCUGUGCUUUAGUGGCCGUAGUGAUUUUACUUUGCUGCUGCAGGGUGUCUGUUGUUUUGCCUAAAGCUGCACAUGUAUUACUACCAAUCCCUCCCUACAAUUUCCAGUMUAGUAUCUUUUUGUUUUCAGAAGCUUUGUAGAAUUGCUUGAGCUCACCUGUAUCCGAAAAAAGUUGUAAAAUACUGUAAGUGUAUUUAAUUUUCUAUAAAACAGAUAUUUUCAUGAUUAUGCAAAACAAACAAAAAAAAAGAUGUAUUACUUGUUUUCUACUGCUGCUGACCAGUCCUUCAGUAGACGUGGGCUAAGAGUGACUAAGGAAAUUGGUUGUGUUCAAACUAUUAUUAUUAUUAUUUUAUUUUAUUUUUUAUUUUUUGCUUGUGGGACACAUGGCUCUCGUUGCCUGAGAGCUGCUGUCAGAAUAUGUUUACAUACACGCCCAUAAAAUACACUUCCACCAAAGCGCAAAAGAAAAAAAAAAACAUGUUUUUUGUCUUGUUGUUGAAAAGUAGUAAUUUUAUUAGGCAGAAACAUAACAUUUGAGACAAAAUGUGAAGAAAAUUUGUUUAUUGUCCACUGAUAAAUGCAGGCAAAUUACAAAUACUGAAUGUCAUUUUAAAAGAUGUUUCAAAGCCAUCAGUUUUGAUCACUGACURGUCCUCUGAAGCACCAGAUCCUGAUAAUAAGCAGGCUCCUCUGUAACACAUCCAUGUCGUGCUUAUGAAGGAAUCCUGGAUUGAAAUCCCAUCAGUUUUAUGUAAAUUUAACAAGAGGAGGAAAGAAGAUUGUGUGGCCGUUGCAGAGGUUGUCCGGCUCAAAUCUGUAAUCAGAUCUAAUCCUCGAAUCAAACGAGAAUAAGGGAAGUUUUUUUUUUUUUUUACCCCGAGCUCCUGCAGAUGAAAGCCAUGCAUCCUGCUGCGGGAGCCGCCACAAAGCCGUGCUCUCCGGAAAUGAGCUCUAAUUCGUGGAGGGUCAAUGAAUAGAAAUGAAGUUGCGUCCCACAGGGUGACAUAUUGAGAACUGAGACCAAUUUUAUUCGAGGGAUUAAUUUUACUCCUGAGGUUGUCAUGAAACGCCUAAUUGUGCUAGAGUUUAAUGUAAGUGCCUCUCAUUAAACGUCACUGUCUCUGAUAGAAAGCAGUAGCCUUUUUGUGAAURAGACUCUGGAGAUUAGGAAAUUCUGUUUGUCAUGGAUUAAUCCACUGUAUAAAAACCACUUACAAAGGGAUGGAUGUUAUUUUUUAAGAAAACGUGACAUUUUUUUUGGAAGCGUUAACCCAAGUGCUGGUCAUGCACAUAAAUCUACAAAAGAUAACACAAGUAAUAAAUAUGUGUUUGUCAUUUUAUUUAAAAAAAUAAAUAAAUAAAUACUCAACAUCCA